CACGGCACGAACUGACGUGACAUACUAGAAGAGGAAUCUCUACACAGUGAAGAUAUGGAUUCCAUGUGGGUAACAUCCGCUGUACUGACAUGGAUCCUCAUGACUGCAUCUGCGGACUCUAACUCCGGGGAAGUUAUCACCACCAAAUACGGAUCUUUUCGGGGCAGACAAGUCCCGCCACCCAAAGACAGGAUGCGUGCAGUGAACAAGUAUCUGGGGAUUCCGUACGCAAAACCACCGGUUGGUAACCUGAGAUUCAGACCACCACAGGAACCAGAAGCUUGGGACAAGGGUAAGGUGAGAGACUUCACCAAGUUUGGUCCCGCCUGUCCGCAGAUUGUAACAUCAGGAGACACCGACCUGCCGUCAGCAGUCCAGAACAGGGAAGCCAUGCGGCCGUUCCUGCAGACCAUGGACGAAGAUUGUCUGUACCUGAACAUCUACAGUCCUGUUAUUAACGGUCCUGCUCUUGAUGAGAGGUACCCGUUAGCCGUGCUUGUGUUCAUCCACGGCGGGGGCUACACAACCGGAACCGGAAAUGCUUACGACGGGACCGUGCUAGCCAGCCACGGCGCUGUAGUGGUGGUCACCAUCAACUACAGACUGGGAGUACUAGGAUUUCUAAGCAUGGAAGACCAAUUUGCAUCUGGAAACUAUGGCCUUCUGGAUCAGAUCGCAGCUCUUGAUUGGAUCAGUGAAAACAUCAGACACUUCGGUGGGGACCCGACCAGAGUUACUCUUGUAGGGUUUGGUGCUGGGGCGGCGUGUGUCAACUUACUGGCGCUGUCUCCUAAAGCUGCAGGAAAGUUUCGCCGUGCGAUCAUUCAGAGUGGCUCGGCUUUAGGUACCGGCGCUAUCACUGAAGACUCGCGGCACUACGCAACAAUGCUGGCGGAGAAACUAGACUGUUGCCGACCGGACGCUGCUCAAACAGUACAAUGUCUCCGUAACAAACCUUACCAGGAGCUGCUACUAAAGAACAUGACCCCACCAUCUUCCAGUUACUACGCCAUGUUCGGUCCGUCCGUGGAUGGUGUUGUUGUUCCCGAUCAACCGAGAAGACUACUUGAAGGAGACUUAUUCCGGAGCUAUGACUUCAUGGUUGGGCUGUCAGAAGAGGAUGGAUAUAAGUACAUUCCAAGCAUCGCUGUGAUAGAAAACGGUCUGUCCGAUGAUGACUACAGGAAUCUGAUCAGCGACUUUGUUAACCAGGUAUUUCCCUAUAGAGAAAAUGAGAUCCAAGACGCCAUACUGUUUCUGUACACAAACUGGGGAAAUGACACGAAUGAAACUAGAAGAGCCGGUGUUGUGCGCAUGCUCACAGAACAGCAGAUCGCAGUGCCGAUUGUUGAGGUGGCCAAUCUCCAUUCUACCAAGAACACAGAGAGCUCGACAUACAUGUAUUCUUACAGCUAUAAGGCCAUUAAUACACCCAACCCGAAAUGGGUAGGAGCGGUACAUGGGGACGAGCUGCCAUUUAUGUUUGGUGCUCCCGUUGCCACAAAAGGCAUCUUCCAGCAGCUGAAUUUCACUAAAGGUGAAUCUAUGUUGAGCGUCGCCAUGAUGACAUACUGGAGUAAUUUUGCUAAAACUGGAGAUCCUCAGCAGCCCAGAGUACAAGCCACUACGUUUCUCCACGAAAGACCGAACAAGUUUGAGAACAUCCAGUGGACACAAUACAGUAUAGACAACUGCAGUAAUUGUCAAGAAACUUACCUGUACUUGGGAAUGAAACCUCGGGUGGUAGAAGGUUUUCGACCGCAGCGCAUUGCUUUCUGGAUUGAGCUUGUUCCAAAGUUACUCUAUCCCCAGGAAGUUCCUAGUAACAACUAUCUUUACCCUCCGGAAGAUGCGGACGAAUUGUGUCAAAUCCUGGAUAUCGGACAGACAAUUCUAACCGGAGGUGGCCUCGCUGUACGCCGUCCAGACGGUUGGACAAAGCCUUCAGUUGGCGUGACAGGCUCAAGCACAACGUGCAUUUCUAUAUUACCUACUUCCGCUUCUCCAAGCCAAUUUCCUGGAAAUACUGUUCCUGGACUUACAGGGGAAUGGCAACCGGGAUCUGCCGGCUCUAACGUCAGUACAAAGGACAAGGGACAAAAUUACUCUGAACUCAGCAUCGUGAUUGCAGUAGGGACGUCGUUACUGGUUGUUAACGUCAUCGUCUUUGCUGUAUGCUACAAAAGAGGAAGGGCGCGCACGAAAAGGCAUAAAGAGACCGAAACUCGUGAGAGAAUCAGGUUAAAGGUUACGGACGUGCGGGAGGUGCUCAAAGCCUACGAGAUUGCGGAAAGCUGCGGUUCAAGCCCCUGCCAAACGUUGGAGAUAAUCGCACUGAAGGAUGAAAGAAUAGAAAACUGUGCCAAGUUUCAGGAAAAGGGCGAUAUCUUGUAAAAAAAAAAUUAUUCGUCUUUUGUAAUGUGGUACGACGUUUGCAUAUGGUAUUUCAUAGCAACACCCCUGUCCUAUGACACGACGUAUGACUGUGCCUUUUGUCAAUGAAAUACCUGGUCGUAUCAGUAAUUGCCUAACUCUCUACAUGACGGCCGUUGCAGCCUAUAGCUACCUGAUCUACAUCGUCAAUUUAUAUGAAAACUAUGCUCAAAACGCAGCUUGAGAUUUUCCCUACUUUCUUUUAUUCCGAGCAGCGCAUAUCUAAGAACGCUUUAUGUUUGGUAGCUUCAUCGUAUUCCGCAUCCCAACACAAUUUGACCCAUGGUACAACGACACAUAUAUAUGUUCUAAUGUCACAUGGGUUGGUCCAAAACAUACUAUAGGGUUCUUAUCAGCAUUUACUUAGAAGCAAAUCUUUUAGGCAUGGUAUCAACACAAGGUGUUGAAUGAAUGAAUGCCGAUUUAACGUAGUCGCGUAUACGAUAACUUCGAUACUGUUAAAAUGAAGUUUCAAUGGCUUUCAGUGGCUCUGAUAUUUAUGCAAACUAGCUAUGUA